AAAUGACGCAAUGAUAUAUUUUAACGGAUCCACGUAUUUAUCUAGCGUUGUUUGCAGCAGUGAGUGGUUGACAGAAAACUCAUACCUCAACGGACCUUGCAGCCGAUUUAUCGAUAAGGAUGGUGAGGAGACUGAUGUCGCAUUCAGUUUCCACUGCAGGUCAUGGCCAGAUCACCUCAGUAAUUUCGGUAAUCGCACAAGAUAUUGUGUUUGGCCAUCAAGGCAUCUGGUCAAUUACAUAAUUAAUCAAGGUUGUUACUUUGUUGCAAUUGGUGACAAACAUUCAAGACUCUUUGGAAUGCAAUGGCGGAUUUCUUUUGCAUCAGCCGAAAAAUCCGUCUGGUCGUUCAAUCACGUACAAUUGAAAACGUAUGCUUUAUUGAAAAUUUUCCUGAGGGAGUGCAUCGAACGCGAUCAGUCGAUAAAUGAACUGCUCUGUUCCUACUUCAUGAAAACAAUUGUAUUCCAUGCGAUAGAACACGCCACACCAUCUAUGUGGGUGGACGAUAACAUUGUCCAGUGUUUUUGGUAUUGUUUUACCAUACUCCUGGAAUGUGUACAGACGGGAUACUUGCCGAACUACUUUAUUCUGACCCACAACAUGUUUCUAUCUAAUGUCACUGGUGACAACAGGAGAAGAUUACUCCGUGUGCUGAAUAGAUAUCAGUGUAUGGGAUACACUUGUCUGUUUCAGUGUCCGAGUUUUCAGACUUUACCUCGAAAUAUACAAGAAAAUCCUUCCAUGUAUCCAUCAUCAAAUGACCCUAGAUUACAAGAAAUGAAUGAAGAUGUCGAAUUAUUAAGAAACAUUAAAUUCCAUGGGUAUAACUGCACAAAUAUUGCACAUGCUUUGAAAUUAAUUAACAGAAUAUUCCUGAAAUGUUCUGACGACAACUUUUGUGAUUUAGCACUGCUUCACUUGAUUCAGGUAAUUACAAGCGUUUUUAGUAAAUGUAUUGCUGACCUGACCUAUACCCAUCAUGAAAGCAAUAAAACUGUCUACAAACAAAUCAGGAGGCACAAACGCUUCCUCCAUUUGUCGUCAGGCCACAGAUGUCUGUAAUGGGUUGUUAUCACUGGCAACGUUUU